CAUCGAUUGGACGACGUCCCGGCAGUGCGGCGUCACCUGGUGAGACGCAGCUCCAGAGGACCAAUUGUCUACGCCGCCAAACAUCCAAUAAGCAGCCGGACGCCGUCACACGUCCAACCGGACCGCACGCCUCACGAGGUGUUCGUGGAGCUGAACGAGCUGGUGAUUGACAGGAACCAGGAGCUGCAGUGGAGGGAGACGGCUCGGUGGAUCAAGUUUGAGGAGGAGGUGGAGGAGGAGACGGAGCGCUGGGGGAAGCCCCACGUCGCCUCGCUGUCCUUCCGCUCGCUGCUGGAGCUCCGCAAAACCAUCUCGCACGGUGAGGCCAGGACCCUCGGCCCCCCCUAG